AUGCCUCCUUCUCCAGCAAUACCCGCUCCGUGGGUACAGGAUGUCGAUCAAGAGGAGUUGCUCAAAGCUUAUGAACCUGAGUUUGGGGGCGACAUUCUAGCAAUUAUUCGGCUAAUGACAAGGCCAAAGAGAUGGGCCCUGCAUAUGAUAUAUCCUCCUCUCAAGACCUAUGUCAAGGACAGGAUUGCAUUAAUUGGAGACGCUGAUGCAUUUGUCAUGUACGACAACUAUAGGCGACCCCUUGCUAAUAAAACUUUGGAACAGAGCUUGGUGGCUGGAGAUAAUUUAGAGUGCUUCAUUCCUGGAGGAGAGGAUGUAACGAGACAGCGGAUAAGGAUGAUGUACGAAGAUCAGUGGAUACAGAAUCUCUGGCAUCAUGAUUUUGAUGAGGAGGUCACAAAGAUUUUAGAAGAAUUUUGA